GCCACACGGUCACUAGUAGCCGCCAUCCCGCGAUAUGCACCGCUACACGACUACGUCUGCUACGACAUUCCGAUUCGUACGAUAUCUCACCGGUCGCUGCGUAUCUACGAUGUAGACCUUGCGCUCUCUCUUUUGAUUGAGAUAAAAGUGAUAGUUAUGAAAAGCAAUAUUUUAGUAAGAUAUCAUGGAUUUUUGGAUUUGUAUAUUCAGAGAAUCAAGAAUUUUGAGUAAGUUAGAAAUAUGGAUGUUCAAAAACAACAAUUAUGUCCACGGUUGGUGGAUUAUUUAACUAUUGUCGGAGCGAAACCUUAUACUACCGGAAAGGGACUGGCACCGGUUCAAGCACCCGAACUCCUUCGCCGAUAUCCGCUUACGAAUCACGAUGAUUUUCCUCUGCCACUGGACAUGGUGUACUUCUGUCAGCCAGAAGGAUGCGUUUCAGUAGGACCUCGACGUGCUCCCGGACCAUUCGCAUCAAGAGAUACAACUUCAUUUGUUUUUACACUGACUGAUAAAGAUUCAGGUAAAACCCGUUACGGUAUUUGCGUCAACUUCUACCGGGCAGUAGAGCGAGCUACGGGCGCGGGUCCCCGUGACCGCGGAGUGCUACGCCGCGAUUCCUGGCGCAAGUCCAUAGAGAAGAGUUCCGAUUCUGCUUUCUCGAGUGACUAUAGGAGCAGCAAUGUGGCGCAGAGUGACUCGGAACGCGAUUGUCGGCCAGCGCCGGAUUCAGAGAGCGGUGGUGAACAUGAUGCCCCUGGACCACGGGCAGCACGACGGAGACAGCGCAUCCGUAAUCACUCCCUAACGUCUUUAUGCCUUUUAUCACAUCAUCCAUUCUUUUCAACAUUCCGAGAGUGCCUAUUUAUCCUAAAGAAAUUAAUUGAUGCGUGCAACGAGUCUUCCAGUCCACGACGUGUUGGUGCGUCCAGGCAAUUAUUUAGGGACACGGUGUGGUCGGUGCUGACAGGCCAAGCCUACGAUAACACGCCCACAAUCGUACUUCACGACGUCAAAGAAAUAGAAACAUGGAUUUUACGUUUGUUGUCGGCCCCCGUACCUGUGCCGGGGAAGACUCGACUUGAACUGGAAGUACUUUCGCCGACAGCUCAUUCGCCGCUUCUGUUCGCUUUACCUGACCAUACGCGUUUCACUUUAGUCGACUUCCCUCUCCAUUUACCAUUGGAACUUCUAGGUGUGGACACGUGUCUGAAAGUCCUAACACUUAUCAUACUGGAGAACAAAAUAGUGGUACAGUCUCGGGACUAUAACGCGUUGUCGAUGUCGGUGAUGGCACUGGUCGCGAUGCUGUACCCCCUUGAGUACAUGUUCCCGGCCAUUCCGCUGCUACCGAGCUGUAUGAGCUGCGCUGAACAACUGCUUCUAGCACCUACACCAUUCCUUAUCGGGAUACCGGCCACGUUUCUCACAUAUAAAAAACAUUUUAAAUUGCCAGAUGAUAUCUGGUUGGUAGACCUGGACGCGACGAAGCUUAUAUCUCCUACUGGAAAUGAUCAGGACCUUCCACCACUUCCCGAACCAGAAGGAUCCGUGCUGAAAAGUCAUCUAAAACAGGCUAUGCAUCUCAUGGGCAGUGCCGGAUCUGGUGCAUUAAAUAGUUUGACGAAUACCACAGCUGAACAAGCCUCGGCUUUAUUGAUGCCGUCCAGAAGGGACAGCGUCGGGGGAGCUACACUCAAAGUGCAGCCGACGUGGUACAAGGGCGGUGCAGAGUCGGCGCCGCACAGUGCGGCCGAGAGUCGUCGCGUGUCGGUGACGGGCACGGCAAGCGCCGGGCACACGCCGCAGCGACACUCGCUCGCAUCACCGCACGGCGCCGCUCAGCCUUUCAAUCCUCUCAUAUACGGGAACGAUGUUGACUCGGUCGACGUAGCCACGCGGGUCGCUAUGGUUCGUUUUUUUAACUCGCAAAAUAUACUGGCAAAUUUUAUGGAGCACACGCGCACUCUUCGGCUGUACCCCCGCCCCGUAGUCGCGUUCCAAAUAAACAGCUUUUUACGAUCGCGGCCGAAAACUACUCACUUUUUAAAUAAAUUCGCCAGGACCCAGGCAGUGGAAUUUCUCGCGGAGUGGUCCUUGACGCCCUGCAAUGUUGCUUUCCUACGCGUACAGACUGGUGUGUUCGACCCUCGUCAGAUCGGAGACAAACCAAAAUGGUUUGCGGAUCAACUCCAACCGAUACGUUUUGCUGUGUGGGAUGACGGUAGUUCGCUAAACGGAGCACUCAGGCAGCUGCAAAGACAAGACAACCAGCCCACUGAUGAAAGCGGAUCGGAUUCGGAUGCCGCGGAAAGCACAAGUUCGUCGUAUUCAUCCCUCAGCGAUUUCGUUUCAGAAAUGGCCUCGUCUGACUUAUCACCGGGUGGUAACGCACACCAACAUGUUAUUGGUGAAACUUACAAUGCUGUAGUACAAGUGCCAAUGACGUUAUCAUCUUCGUUGGAUCCUAAAACGGUAUACAGUCCUCCAUCGUCGCUUAUAUUCGGUGACGACGAACAAGGCGGUGGAGAAGAAAGCCGCGAAUCGACCUCUCCCUCUCCAUCUGGAUCCAGCUCCGACCACAGCGACCUCUCUGACGACGACGCUCCUGCUAAUGUCCAACGACCUGAAGUAGUCGAUGCACAUCCACAGCCUGUUAAGAAAAGCGACACGGACAGCGGCAGUUUCGGUCGCGAGUCGGACUCUAAUUCGACGACGACCCCGAGGACGGUGGUGAGCCGCCGCCGCGGGGACAGCGCCAGCACCAGCGACUCCGAGCCCGCACGAGCGCUCACACCCGCCGCCGUCACCGCUCGCUCUCUGCCGUCACACUCUCCCCACUCUCCCCACUCCGCACACCUCAAGAGUAAUACUAGUGGAGUAUCACGGCAGGCGUCUCAAACAUCCCUACUGGAACAAUUCGCUGCCCAAGCUAAAGAAUUGGUACGUGAAACCACUCGACAAAGCAGCCAAGAGGGAUUGCUAGCGCAAAUGGAUAAGAAAGGAAAAGUGACUGAGGGAGAAGAAAAGAACAUUUUUGCGCCUUUCGGACAGUUGACGCUCCAAGCUAAGAAGGCUGCUGAGGAAGCUUCAAAAAGCGUCCAAGAAGCUUCCAAGAGUGCGCUGGAGGCAAGCAAAACAGCAACAGCCGUUAGUAAAAAUACUUUGGAAGACUUAACUUACGUCGGCAAAUCGACCUUUGGUGAUUUUACAAAAAGCGCCAAAGAGGUCGUCGCAAAGAAAGGGUUGCUUAUCAAGGGCGACAGUCAGGAAUCACCUAACAACGGCGCUCGUCGCGAUUCGACUGCUUUACAAACGACCAAUUUGCUAACUGCGACUCACAGAGACUUCUUCUCAAACAUCAGCUCCGAUCUUAACGGCUUAGCCGCUUCCACCUCGAGCAUGUUUAGUGACUUCUUCGGUAGUAAAGGAAAACAAGCGAAACCAACGGAGGGUUCGUACGGAGGGUCCACGGCGACUUUCGGUCCGUUCUCGCAGGGCGGGCGCGGCCUUGUGCAGCGCUCGCCGCUCAUACGUCACGCGCCGCCCUCUGCACCACCCGCACCCACGCUCGCACGCCACACGCCCAAUACCGAGAACCAAGCCUUCCUUAAUGAUCUUAUACAACACGUGCUGGAAGGCGAAGGCGUAGGUUGGUUGAAAUUAAAUCGACUAAAGAAGCUAAUGGAAGAUGAAUCAUACAGAAACAUGGUGCUCAGCAAACUGAACAGAAACUUCAACAGAAAAUCUACGCCUUGUGAUAAAGUCGAUGAUGUGUUCAUUAGCAAGCCCGUGUGGAAAGGGAUGUUGAAAGUUCUUCAAGCCGUCGUUCACGGUCUGGAGUACACGUAUUCUAACUUUGGCCUCGGCGGCAUGGCGUCCGUGUUCCAACUGGCUGAGAUGGCGCACACGCACUACUGGAGCCGCGAGCUGGCGGGGCUCGAGCACGGCGGAAUGGCCGGCUCCGCGCUCUCCGAACAUUACCCGCGACACGAUCUUGACACUCCUUCCUCGCAACCUUCUUCCAGAAAGAGCUCGCAGACAGAGGUUCCUGUUGUGAACUAUCCAGAAGUAGACUCAUCAGAGGCGCAAAGCACCACAGAAAUGUUCAAAGAUAUGUUGAAUCAAAAACGAAAUCUACUUUUCAGUAAACUCACUUCAUUCGAUUCUGAUGCGGCGCCUUCCUCGGAGUGCUCCGCCGAUGAGAGUGGCUCGAUCACAACCAACCGAGCCAAUCUCUUCGAUCAUCGCGCCUCCUUUAAGUCCAACCUAUCUGACACUGACGUCAUGCUCCUCGAUGCCGGGCGUGGGGCUGCUGCUAAUAGCAAGCCUCGUGCUGCAAGUGUCUUUUCAUCGAAGUCUUCACUGAGCGGGUAUCGACCUCCCGUAGGCGUCCCCGUAACUUCACCGCUCACUUCGCCUGACACAGCCCGGACAUAUCUUUACCAAGGAUUAAUUGGUAAAGAGAGAUCUAAUCUCUGGGAUCAAAUGCAAUUCUGGGAAGACGCUUUCUUAGAUGCCGUAAGCCAAGAACGCGACAUGAUCGGAAUGGAUCAAGGUGCAAAUGAAAUGAUGGAGCGAUAUAAGUGCUUAAGCGAAACGGAACGAAAACGCCUCGAACACGAAGAGGACCGGUUAUUGUCGACGGCGCUUUAUAAUUUGACCGCUGCAAUGGUUUUGUUCGGCGUCGAACCUGAUACGAUCCGUAAUAAAGUUCGACGUUUGCUUGCCAAAAGCCACAUCGGGCUCAUUUACAGCCAAGAAGUAAAUCAUCUGCUCGACGUGGUCCACACUUUGCACGGCAACGAGAUUUCGCUGAAGCCGUUGGGGUCGCGGCUGGCUAGGCGGGCUACGUUCACAGUACACGAGGCCGACGCGGCCGGCGACCUGCGCUUCAUGGAGGUGCGCGACGACGGACUGGUGCUGCGCUCCACACAAGGAACCAUAGUGGAACGUUGGUGGUACGAGCGACUAGUCAACAUGACUUACAGCCCGAAAAUCCGAGUUCUGUGCCUUUGGAGGAAAAACGGGGGCCAAACUCAACUCCACAAAUACUACACUAAAAAGUGCAAGGCAUUGUACUACUGCAUCAAAGAGGCGAUGGAGCGUAGCGGCCGGCGUCAGGAUGCAGCUGAGCUCGGCGGGGAGUUCCCCGUGCAGGACUGUGCUACCGGCGAGGGCGGGCUCAUACAGGUGUGCAUGGAAGGUGUCGGACUCCUCUUCCAUCAUAGCAAGGAUUUCGAGUUCUUUGUACGGCUGGAUCAUAUUAGAAAAUGCUUCACUCAAAAUGGCGGCAUUUUCGUUUUAGAAGAAUUCAAUCCAAAGACGAGACAAAUAAUUCAACGAAAAUAUAAAUCUAUAAUGGCGGAUCAGAUUUGUUACGCGGUGCUUUGUGUGUUCUCUUACUUCGCGGCCGGACAAGAACAAAAGAAAGCUAUUCUAGAACAAGCAGCUCGCGUGCCUACUACGCCUAGCCCGGCGCCUGUUAGUCCACAGGCUGAAAAGAAUGUUGUCCGGAGCACCGAGCCCCGCGCGGCAAGUGAAGGAAACACCCCAGAGCGGCGGCCAAGAGCCUCCCCCGCGCGCUCCCCCCGCGACAUAGAGCGACCUCCCGACAUUCAACCAGCACAUGAAGUAUCGCAACCCGCUGCUAAAACGGCAUCGUCCUCGUCUCCUCCAGAAGGAGGGGGCAUGCGUCGUACCGGGAGCAUGCCCCCCCGCCGUCCCCCGCCCCCCAGCCCUCCGCGUCUAGCACGCGCUCACUCUCAUGCUGCACCGCCGCAGAUUCCGCCUCGCUCGACAGCGGCCAACCCACGAGCGCCGCGGCCGCCUCCCGCUUUACCGCCGCGACAACUAUCCGCAGCAGCAGAUUUAAACGUCAGCCCUAGAAGUACGGGCGUUGGUUCGGACGCGGGGUCGGUACGUCGCGCGGCGCCGGCUACGUUCGCGACCACGAACCCUUUCGCCCCACGGAACACCGAGUUCGUCAUUCCACAGCGGAACAAUAUGAGACGUUCGUCGACCACCGAUAGAAAUUAAACUUAAUUUAUAUUAAGACUAAUUUUUGUUGUUUGCGUUAAUAAAGCACCUACCUUUUUUAAAUGUGAAUCCAUCUUCUUAUUAUAAAUAUCAUGAUUUGACGACGUAGUAUUUUUUCAUAAUAAUUAUUAAGAUACGUAGAAAUGAUCUAAAAAUACUCUUUUUUAAUUUUUCUUUAUCUGAAUAUAAUUAAUUACUUUUAUAUAACCAACAACCACCGCCCUUCCUAUUUCUGUAGCAGAACAACCACGCAUUCGUAAUAAGUAGUAUGGUACAUAGUAAUUGGGAUCUUGCAGCGAAUGUAAUUUGUGGUUUCUAUAAUCACCAGGAACAGCUAAACACGGGUGAUGUCGUAUGCCCAUCUAGACUAAUCUGUAUGUACUACCACUUAAAACUCUUUUAUGGAAAAAAGUCAAAGCCAAGCCAUUCACCAUCUUUGGAUCGAUAAAGUAGCUCGAUAAAUGUCAAAUAAACAUUAAGCCGGUAGCACAAGAAAAUCAAGUACAUACCUAGCUUAGAGCGCAGUUAGGUACCUAAAUCUGAAACAAAUUUUUUGUUCUUGUCUGAUACAGACCAUGAAAGGCGAAUUCUCAAUUUAAAUACGGGAUGUAGUUAUAGUUUGAACAGAUUUAAAAUGUAUUGUUUUCGAUUAGUUUAAAAAAUAUUGUACAUACAUUUAUUGAUCUAUUACAAAUAGGCAUACUAUAGUAGCAUAACAAUGCAUUUUAUUCUACCCCGGCUCGGUACUCCACGAACUUUCAGCCUGGUAGGAGAAAAAAUAGUACGUGCACCGCGAGAGAAAAGUUGGACAUUUCCUCCUUUCAAAAUUGCCACCCGAGCAACACGCGGGAGGAAAUGUCCAACUUUUCUCCCUUGGUGCACAAUGUACUAUUAAAUACCCACUGGAAAGGCUUACGUUACCUAAAUUACUUUUUCACUUUUUUGAAAGAAUAUAAAUUAAUAACGAUUUAGCAUUAAACAAGCUUGAAUGUAAAUGUAGUAAAAGUAUGUAUGUGUUAGUGUUGCCAUACUGAGAGCAUAGUUAUGGAAAAUAUGCAAAUGCAGAUGAUGAUAUAUAUAUGUUGGUGAUAGAAUCGUCACUUAGCUGAUGUGUUAUUUUAUUUUAAAAGUAUACACUAGAAAAAUAAAAUACAAUUGGAUUUUGCAAGUACAUAGAGGUAAAAACGUAGGUUUGUGUCGAUAAUAAGUAGACUCUUAGAGAUUUUAUCAAACAACUAGUGAUAUAAAAAUAUCAAAUAAUAUUUAUAAUUUACCGUAUGUACCUAUUAAUGUACCUACCUACUUAAAUCCUAAUUUAUUAUGAUCAAGCUAUUAACGAAAACGUAUUGUGUUUAUUAUGAAAUACUAUUGCUAUAGCUUAAUGUCCUAUUAAAAUGUUUAAAAAUAUGUCAGGGUUAAUAAAGUUUAGAAAUAUUAAAUUAUUUUAUGGCAAUUUAAUAAAUUAGU